AUGAGACUCGUCCCCUUAGCAUUGGCCGUGGGAGCAGCUGCUUCCUCGGUUCAACAACUCCUCCAAGGCGACACCAGCUUCCAAUUUGCAUUGGCCAAGGAGGAGCUCAACUCCCUCAAACCGCAAAUUGAUAAUCUCGUUGACAAGCUCUCGAAGCCAUUGACCAAAUUCAACAACGUUUUCCGUUCUAGCAACGUUCAAUUUGAACAGGUUUCCAACUCAAACUUUGAAGAUUAUUCGAUGAGGGUGAAGCCUGCUCCUCGCGAGCUUGGCUUGGAUACCGCCAAUUACUACACCGGGUACUUGGAUGUGUUGGAGAAGGACAAGCACUUUUUCUACUGGUUCUUUGAGCUGCGUAACGACCCCACAAACGACCCGGUGAUCUUGUGGCUCAACGGUGGCCCCGGGUGUUCUUCGGCGACGGGGUUGUUCUUUGAACUUGGCCCGUCCUCCAUCAACUCAACCUUACAACCUGUUCACAACCCUUACUCGUGGAACAACAAUGCCUCGGUCAUCUUUUUGGAUCAACCGGUGGGUGUUGGCUAUUCCUAUACUGGCGGCGAGCCCAUCAAGCUGACGGCAGCUGCAUCCAAGGAUGUGUUUGUCUUUUUGGAAUUGUUCUUCCAGAAGUUUGCUCAUUUAAGAGGUAAUGAUUUCCACAUUGCCGGCGAAUCGUAUGCGGGUCACUACAUCCCCAAGUUUGCUGUUGACAUCCUCGAGAGAGCCGACCGCUCGUUCAAUUUGACGUCGGUACUCAUUGGUAACGGCAUCACCGACUACUUGGUUCAAAAUGCCUACUAUGAGCCGAUGGCUUGUGGUUUGGGUGGACAUGAGCCUGUCUUGGAUGAAGCUACGUGCAAACAGAUGCACCGUGACUACCCUAAGUGUGCUGCACUCACCAAGGUGUGCUAUGAUAUCUCCACGUCUUUGACCUGUGUUCCCUCGGUAGUCUACUGUGAUAAACACAUGUUGGGGCCAUUUGUUGACACAGGCUUAAAUCCUUACGAUAUCAGAGUUAAAUGCGACGACCCUGCUGGUGGCUGCUACAAGGAAAUGGAGUAUAUCGAUGACUACUUGAAUCUUCAGUCCGUCAUGGAAGCUGUGGGGGCGAACGUGGAUAUCUACUCAAGUUGCGACGAGAUCGUCUUCAAGAAUUUCAUUUACACUGGUGACGAAGCCAAGCCAUUCCAACAAUACGUGGCUCAAUUGAUCGAAUCAGAUGUGCCGGUGUUGAUUUACGCUGGUGACAAGGACUUCAUUUGCAACUGGUUGGGCAACUUAGCCUACGUUGAGGCCUUGGAAUAUGAAGACCAUGAGGAAUUCAAGGCUGCGCCAUUGAGUCCUUGGUACACUGAAAACGGGAAACUUGCUGGUGAGGUAAAAAACUACAAACACUUUACCUUCUUAAGGGUGUACGACGCCGGUCACAUGGUGCCCUUCAACCAACCAGAAAACUCAUUGGACAUGGUCAACCGCUGGAUCAAGGGUGACUACAGAUAUGGAACUUAA